GGAUACCCAACCUCGAUCCUUAAUUAUUGAGGCCCAUGCAAGUAUAAAAGCCACCCCUACCCACGCAACCAACAACACAGCCUCCCAUCAACUCAUUCUCUUCAUCGGUCUCAACUAAUCAGGACUUGAGAAGAUGAGCAGGUGGCCGGGAGACUGGAACUGCAGGUCAUGCCAACACUUCAAUUUCAGCCGGCGCAGCUCGUGCCAGAAUUGCGGUGAGUUGAGGUCGAGCAGUGACUUCCCUGACCAUGGCAGCUUCGGCGGUGGCCGUGGGGAGUCCCUUAAUGGCCUCAGUGGCUCGAACAUCCGACCUGGGGACUGGCGCUGCGCCUGCGGCGGCCACAACUUCGCCAGCCGCUCCAUUUGCCACUCGUGCGGCGCCUUCAAGGAGGACUCCGCCGUCGGCUGCUUCGACGGCGACGACGUGUCCAACUCCAAAGGCGGGCGUGCCGAGUGGAAGUCCGGGGAUUGGCUGUGCACCAGGUCGGGAUGCAAUCAGCACAACUUCGCAAGCAGGAGGGAAUGUUUCCGGUGCAAGGCGCCAAGGGGAUGCGGUUCGUAGGAUAAAGAAGAAGAACAGAGGAGGCAGAGGAGAUGGCCGAAUGAGAAGGAUGCAGCGGUCAUCUCAAGUUUACUACCAGUUCUACUUUCAACCCAGCCAAUUGGUUGAUGCCAAGUCAUGGCUGAAUAAAAGCUUUUGUUUUCUU